UGUUGGUUGACGAUCGUCCAGACAGCAAUGCCAUCCGCGAAACGACCGACACCGCGAUAAAUCCAGCCGAGCGGCUACUAGUUACCUACUGUUUUUACAAUGUAAAUGAUCUGCGGUUCGGCCGUCCUUGAAAAAUUUAAGACGCUUCGACGAGCAAUCGAUUGUCCGCUAAAGUUUGGACCACUUGGAAAGAGGGUUCUGACUGACAAACAAGCAGCUGUCUGUGCUCGUUUUUGUCUGGUUGAGGACUGGUUGAGUUGUACAAUUGAAGAUCCCCUGCUUGGCCAGUAUUUCGAUUUGGGAACUGACAACAGCCAGACAGCUUCAAAACCAGCUACAUCACCUCGAGGUGUACUUAGCCAGAUCUUCACCAUGACUUCCAGCAAAGACAGCCCCAAGUUAAGAACUAGAACUUUUGUGAUUGCCAUCACAAUCGGCAUCUUAAUGGUGUUGAUGGGAGGACUCGUCAUUCCCAUCUCAUUCAGCGCCCUCAUGGACACAAUCUUAGAUCAGACGAUGGUCAUAGACCCUAAAUCAGCCAUAUAUACAGAAUGGAAGGAUCCAACGCUUCCUAUUUACACUCGUUUUUAUUUCUUCGAUCUGCAAAAUCCAGAAGAAGUGUUGCAAGGGGCAGAGCCCGAAGUCGUCGAAAUCGGACCCUAUUCUUACAAAAUGGCCUUGCCGAGAGUCAACAUAACGUUUAAUCCCAAUGAUACGGUGACAAGCUUCCAGCCUUACUCUUAUGUAUUUGAUCGCUCCCAGUCUGUCGGCAGUGAAAAUGACACCUUCAUGACGACCAACAUGCCAUUUUGGUCUACAGUAUAUUUUGUGAGAGAGUAUAACACUCUCCUGAAGGCCGGGCUAUCACUCUUCAUGGAAGGAGUUGGUGAGAAGCCAUUCAUGCCCUUGUCAGUCAGACAGCUAGUGUGGGGUUACGACGAACCACUCUUUGAAUGGGUACAUACGCAUCUGCCCAUGUUCCCGCUUCCGGAAGGCUUCGAGACGCAGUUUGGAUUUCUACUUGGGAGAAACAACACACCAUUGGGCGAGUACACAACUUUCACUGGAGUGCAAAACAAGACAAGAGUCAACGAAAUCAACAAAUUUAAUGGGCAGUCAAAACUAAACUACUGGAAAUCUGAUUAUGCUAAUCAGAUUGUUGGAUCAGAUGGCAUGAUGUAUCAUAUGGGAAUUAAGGAAGACGAGACGUUAAAUUUGUUCCAUCCUGAUCUCUGUAGGUCCAUGCCCUACACUUUUGUACAAGACGAUUAUCUGGAAGGUAUUCCCUUGAAAAUGUUUGGGGUACCUGCCUAUGCCUAUGAGAACAGCAGUACAUACCCAGAGAAUCAGGGUUUUCUGGUUAACGAGAAAGAUACCGUACCUUCAGGACUCAUGAGAAUCGACCCCUGUAGAUACGGAACACCAAUUGCCCUGUCGAAUCCGCAUUUCUUUAAUGGGGAUCCCUGUCUUCAGGUGGAGGGCCUGAAACCCAAUGCUGACAAACACAGAAAUUAUUUCUCCAUAGAACCUAUUCUAGGAAUGCCUUUUAAGCUACGCAUGAGAUUACAGAUUAACCAGUACAUCCAGGCUGACAGUGAUAUACCGCAAACAGGGAGUGUAAACACAAGGUUCAUGCCAGGAUUUUGGUUUGAGGAGGAUGUGACUGCCAAUGAAGAGGUGAUCGGUUACUACAACAACGGAAUCAAAUUGACUGGAAUCAUAUCAAGUCUACUACAGUAUUUGUCUAUAUGUAUAGGUGCAUCGAUCAUCGUAGCAUUUAUUACUGUCGGGCUCUGCAAGUUAUCAAGAAAAAGCAACAAAAGUAUUAUGAAGGAUACAGAUGACCCAACUUACAAUUCCAUCGGGCAUGACAAUUUGGAGCACUCGGUUAAUCACAAUCACAUAGAGAAAGACACCAAAGACAUUGUAUGAUGUGGGUGUGUGUGUGGUGCAUGUGUAUUAUGAUGGUUGUCUCUCAAGGUACUCCUGUUAUUUGUUUACAACAGACCAAGGACGGUUCAGCAGUUAACCAUUUUGAUACAGUAGACAGUUUUAGUUGACUACUCAUACCCCCUCUCCCUCACCAUAGGCAACUUUAAGUCAAGCACUCAAGCCUGGGGUGGAUUUCACAAAGAGUUAGGACUAGUCUUAUCUCGAGUUAGGACCAGUUACUUGUCCUAACUUAGGA